UGUGUGGGUUGGGGGGCUGGUUUUUCAUUUUUUCCUUGUAGUGUGCAAGGACGAGAAGGAGGAUUCAUCACAGAAUACUGAGCACUUUGUGGUGGAUGCUGACCCUGUUGGUGGGCAUGGUACAGGGAGCAAUGUGCUACCCACACCCCAAAGCGCAGCUACAAAAGAAGUUGGGGAUACCUUGGGAACAGAAGAAGGGAUAAGCCCUGUGGAGGAGGAGGAGGAAAAUGGAAGUUACUGCAUGGUGCAGGCAACUGCGUCAACUUCCCAAGACUCAGCAGCCCUUGACUGUCAGCUCAACCUUGCCCCGGUAUGUAGGCAGCAACCAGAUUUCCUCAGUGACAUGAACUCUGUGCCUCCACCUCCUGUGGCUGAGUUUGCUCAGGAACCCACAGAUCAGUCAGGGUCACAUGAACACUGUGAGAGUUAUUACUCUGAUGGGAUUGAAAAGGAGGCAGAGAAGAAAAAAAAAAAAGAUAAAAGUGGAUUGUGUCCUGAGAAGACAUCUAGUGUCAUCCCUGGAGACCUCUGCAGGCUAGCCCAGUUACAGCACGUGUGUGGCCUGGCUACCCAUCCAUCAUCCAAGUGUGCUUCAGCCAACACUGCAGCUCAGCAGUCCUACAAGGUACCUUCAGUGCUGGUAGCUGGAAAUAGCCAUGAUGGGCCCAAGGAGAAAAAAGAGUUACUUGUGAAUCCAGAAAUUCUGCUGCCUGUCAGGAAGAAGUCACGAACCUUCUACAGUGCAGAGCAGCUAGGAGAGUUGGAGAAGAUGUUCCAGGAAGACCACUACCCUGACAAUGAGAAGAGGAGGGAGAUUGCAGCUGUUGUUGGUGUAACACCACAGCGUAUCAUGGUCUGGUUUCAGAAUCGCAGGGCAAAGUGGCGAAAAACAGAGAAGUUGAGUGUGAAAGGGAAUAAAAAAUACUCAGCAUCAGCAGCUCCGUCAGUCCCCUUGGGGUCAGACAGUUAUGGGGCACCUCUUCUGCCUAUGCCUCCACUGCCUGACAUUGUUCAUGACCAGCCUGCCAUGUUGGGUGUAGACACUACAGUUGGGAACUAUUCCAGCCUGCUCAGUGGACACCAUGCACCACUUGCUUCCUCUUCAGGUAAGACCCAUAUCAGUAGAUACAGUGUUUUGAUAGUAGCUACAGCAUUGGUUGGUGGUGCUGAUAGGUUCCCAAACACUCUUAGGAAGGUCUUCAGAUGUCUCUCUUUAUUCACAGUAUCUUCAGUGACAGGAAUGGUGUCACCUUGUGAAGCAGUUCAGACAAAGCCACUGUCUCAAGGCAACUUUGGUUCCAGCAGAAUGGAGUGCUUUCCUAGUCUUUCCAGCCCUCCACCCAUCCGCAGGGCCAGCCUCCCUUUCAGUCUGUCCUUCAACCCCCACAGUCAUAUUGUCCCCUUGAUUCUGGACACUCCCAACAGUGAAUGCAGCUUGUCCUGUCAGGAAAACGGCUCCAUGGACACCUUCACUUACAACACCCAGAAUCAAGGUGCAAGUUCCCCAGCUUCCUGCAAUUACCCUGAACAGCUGGAGUCUGCAGCCAACUUAGAGACCUCGUACUGCCAAUACAGCAGCCAGGGUGGAACCUACCACCUGCCCCAAUAUCCUCAGCAGCACCAGCUCUCCCAGUUCCACCAUCUGCCAGUUCACCUGCCCAGCAAUGAGCUCUCCAGCGUCCACCUCACACCUACAACAUCCACUGAGUCCAAUAUGCCUUUUCUCACCUUAGCUGGCAACAGUGGAGUCAUAACCUAUGGGGCAGCAGGGGCCUCGCAAGGCUACGUACAGAACCACAUGGGGGGACAGAUCUUGUUACAGCAGCCAAGUGGAAGCUCAGCAGGUAUCACUGCCUAUCAAGCUGUCCCCUGGAAUGAUUUCUAUAUGCAGGGAGUUCCAUUCUCAAAUCAGUUGGGCUCACGAAUGCCAUUUUCUAGCACAGCAGGAGGACACUACUUCGCAGAGCAGAUUUCCUACACUCAGCCCAGCCUGCCCUCCUCUCCAUAUUUCCUUCAAGUGCCCAAUGGAACAACAUUAGGAUCCAUGUCACAUACUGGAAAACCAAAGGAAGUGGCAACACCAGACCAGAGUUCAUAUCAGAACCACCAGACAGAGCUGGAGUUGACAUCACUUGCUGAAGAAGUAGAGAGCAGCAGUAGCAAGAAAGGAGAGAGCAUUGUUGAUGUUAAAGAAGAAAGUAAUGACUGAUGCUAUGCUCUAAGAAAAAAAGAAGAGAAAAUAUUACCAUUUUAGACUCUGCAAAGUAAGAACAGAGACAAGAAGAGAAUACUCCUUGCAACAGAAGCGCGUUUUUGUUUCUUUUGAGAGGUUGAUUUUUUUUUUUUUUUGUUGCCAUGAGGAUCUUCCUGCUGAGAAAAGAAGUGGGGAAAUUUCAGUCAAUAAAAGCUUCUGGUCUGUGUUUUUUGCACA